AUGAUCGGUCCUAGAAUCGUUGCUAUUGUUGGGCUUCUUGCUGCUGGUGUCCAGGCCGGACCAUGCAAGCCCUCAUCGGUUGUUACAACCAUGACCGAGUCUACAGUGAUUCACGUAGCUUCAACCACAGGCACAGCUAUCUCUGGAGACAUGGCUACCACCACCGAAACGACCCUCGCUCCCAGCUCGACCGCCUCUUCUUGCGUUAACAAUGAGAAGACACCGUUUCCAGCUGAUGUUUUAUGUGACACCCGGGGCAUUGGCCAAGACCCAAAAAUGCUCUAUCUCAGCACAUUGACUGUUGAUGCCACGGUGGCACACUGUCGAGAGGUCUGUCGAGACACGGAUGGCUGUAUUGCUUUUGCCGUGCAGCCAGAUGUCUUUUGUGAUCUCUGGGGAGGUAGUGUCAAACAGACCGAUGGCUCCAACACCGCAUGGUCUUGGUACUCUUUGGACUGUUUCUGCGAUCUCUCUGAUGAGUCUACCACCUCGGCAACUGCCACUGCUACCACGGCGAUCACAGAUACUACAUCCCUGGCCACCGACACUGCUACUACGGGGCUCGAGACAUCUUCUACGGUGCCCACGACAUCUUCUGCUGAACUCAUUUCAAGCACUGAAACCACCACUGCCGCUGCUACGACUACCACCAGCGCCAACUCCGCUCCCAGAUGUCCCGGUGGAUUCCCCUCUGACUCCUCCUGUGGCGUUUCCCAACAAUACACUGGAGCAGGAACGUAUAUCAAAGAUAUCGAUGGAACAUAUACACUCGACGAAUGUGUGCAGUUCUGCAUUGACGAUCCUACAUGCAGCCUAUUCGCACAUGGCGAUAGCUUUUGCGAGCUCUGGAAUGGAGACUACGCCAGCACCGGGGUUUCUGUGUCUUGGAGCUGGUAUGAGUUGGAUUGUUUCUGUGUGGAGAAGGCACCGUAA